AUGGGUAAUGCACAAUCUACCGAGACGCUCCAUGAUUCACAUGUGCAAAGUGGAAGCAGCAACAAAAAGUCACCUCACAAAUUAUCAAAACCUAGAGUCGGCAAUCAUGCCUCUCCAACACCCCAAUUACCGGCCCCCAGCCAAUUAAGCAUACAACGUGCCGCAUCCGCUAGUUUGCCACCCUCUCGAUCCAAUUCGCGACUUCUGCCCGAGCAAGCUUCGCCUGCACCGUCACCGAUUUCCGCACCCGCUGGAUCCCAGCUUGGUGCAGUCGCCCGAGCACCCAGCACGUCUUCUAUGGCGGAACCAGAAGCGAAACCUGCGAGGGAUUGGAAGCGCAGAGCGAGCUUGUUUAGAUCAAAGAGUUCUCAAGAGCCGAGGAAGCAGAAACGCAGGGAAAGUAUGGUGCUGAGCCCGCCCGUUCCAGACAGAAUGUCGAGGGCAAACUCAAUGACCUGGGAGAGUCAGCAGGAGAUGGACACUUCCAGGCAAUUACAAGUUGAAAGCUGGCAUGUUCCCGGGAAUCGCCAGUCCAUCAACUACAACCUCAUGUCAUACGAAUCGAGAAGGCUUCUCAACCUCAACGAAGAUCUCACCGCAUGCGAAGAGAACUCCAUGGUGUCUGAAAGCAAGUUCGAGGUGUCAGCGAAUACUUGGAAAAGUUCACAUCCGCUCCAGCCACAGCCAGUCGUUGCAAAAUCAGUCAGCGCACAGUUGCCCCUGCCUCGAGCCAAUUCAGACCUGGCAUUGUAUGCACCCGUACGGCGACGUUCCAUGAUCCAAACUCCAGGUCUUGCGACCCGAAUGCCAUCAGAAUACCCUUCAUCUAGACGGUCGAGCGUACGACACAGUAUGCCUACCACGCCGGCAGGAGGGCGGUCGCGAAUGAACUCAUUGUCGAUCGACUCGAGCGCAUAUCCGAUCCCGACGUUGGAAGAAUACGUCGCUGAGCGAUUCGCCUCGGAGCCCGAGUAUCUGUGUGAACCAGUGGUAGAACCUGUCGAAAGAGCCUUGACCCCUUCUGAUAUGGAUUAUCGGCCGCUUGGAGCCAUGAAGUUUGGCUCGCUGCGGAUCACGAACGGAGAGGCCAGCCCGCUUCCAAGCCCGGACUUUGAACCAGUAAUCCAGGCCAGCAUAGCGGAAAAGUCGCAGAUGGUUGCUAUCGAGGAGUAUUUCAGUCACGAGAACGGAUCGGGCGGGGCGGGCUUUGAGAGCAAGGAAAUCGAGAUCACGGUCUCAACAGUGCAAGCCAGUGCUACUUCGCAGACGCUCAGUCCGAUCAAGACUUCGGUUCUAAGGGCGGAAUCGCAGAGGCGUCGGUCAACUUCGCCAUUCAGUCCAGAGUUGAAAAUAUCAUCCAAGCACACAGCCAUGGAAGACGACCUUUUUGCGGAAGAAGAUGAAGAUGUGCAAAUGGAGUACUCUGCCGAGGUUCUGACGGUCAGAAAUGACCCGAACGCAAAGCCAAGUCUCGAGCAACUGAAAGCGGACCAGUCUCAGAAACAUUCCCGAGCAAUUGUUCGCGCCGACAGUGGAGUCGUUGCUAGCCCGACCACCGAGCACCAGCCCAAACCGCUCUCCAAGGCCGAUUCCGGCUACAGUUCGAAUGUCUCGCUGAGGUCGUUCCAUGCCAAGCAACCUUCUGCAGGCAGCCGUCCAACUGGCCGUGCCGCAUCGGAGGAUUCGGGCGAUGAGCUGUCAGACUCAGUCGCAUCCCCAACCGCAGCCGUCAGCGGUGGCAGGUUGCAACUCAGUGUUAUUAAUGCUGACAACCGCCCUGUUGAUCCUUCACAAUCUGCCCCCUCCAUUCCUCCGUCGCUGCCCCCGAAAGACAAUUUCCUCGUCUCUCCGACUAGCAACACAAUGACGGUCACAUCGCCCAAGUUCUUCUUCAACCUCAGCGCCGGUCAUUCCUUCCGCAAGGACCGAAAGUCCCCGGCGCUGCUUGACAGCACUCAAACGCUUGAACAGGGCCCCGCUUCUCCGGCGGGCGUUCGAUCACCCGGAGCUACAUCCGAAAAGUCCAAUUCCUCAUUGAGCAUCGGCAAUGGCUUGCAAAAACCUGGCAAGUUGCAAAGACUUCUCAGCGGAUCUGGCAUGCGAGGCCCUCCGGCCGUUCACACAACGCAUCCGUCCGACGAAGAGAUUCCCUCGGUACCCCAGGAUGUUCAGUCAAAGCUUGAGGAGCAUUCUGGCCGGUUUCCCAUCACAGCCAAGCGUUUGACCCUACGUGCGCAGGCCAGCAAAGAGACUCUCAAGACGAUUCUCAGUGUAGGAAGUUUCGAUGCCGGUCAUGCCGAGGACAAGCGCAGUUCCGUCCCCCUGGUCGACGUACCUCAGGCUGUGAGGGAUGUGACGGCAGAAACUUCUGGACCGUCUGAGAAGCCCAAGUCACCCUACCGCCGCUCUCUCCAGACCAUGCCGGCCUCGUUCGCUCAGGCCGCCGCUUCCGUCAUGCCACGACGCUCUAUCCACCGCAAGCCAGUGCCUUCUGGCAGCGUGAGCAAGGCCGAGUUUGUCGGCGAAGCCAGAGCCGACGAGAUCCAGGUCGGCUUCGAGUCCAGCAUCACGGCCAUCGACAAUGUCGGUGAGAGUGUUGGCAAGAGUGCCUUCGACCAAGCUUUCAUGGCGCUCCCCCGGGAGCAGCCUGUUCAUGCCCAACACAGUCGCACUUUGACAAUGCCGGCGCACAUGGAACGUGAGAUUGGGUUGCGAUCCCGUCCCACCGAGCCUCUGCCUCCGACAAACCGCCACUCUGAAUUCGCGUCUCAGAACCUACAGGUUCCCGAGAUGUCAGUGAAGAGGAAGACUUCUCCGCCAGUCAGUCUGCACACCCGCAGCAACACCAAAAGUCCCCGAAAGCCAGUCCCAGUGCGCCCCCAGUCAUCCUCAUCCGGCGAGGCGAGCCGAAGACAGACCUUGUCGAGGCAGAAUAGUCGCGAGACCAUCCACAGCUACCCAUCAGCUUUGACAGGAGCAUCACUCGACGACGCUCUUGCUGUGCCGCCCAUUCCACCAAUGAGCCCUCGCAGGGGCAUGACGAUGCUUGAGCAGCAAUACGCCAGGCGCCGUGUGACGGUUGAGGACAAGUGGCGCCCUACCAAUGGGUCUUUCCCCGAGUUCGAUCACCCAGUCACGCGCAGUGCCUCGACCAACCCUACGGGUCAUCAGCAGCAGCAGCGACAACUUCGUCAUCGAUCAAGCUACGACAGUUACUCGCAGUACCGGGGUCCUGUUGCACGCGGGCAUCCAGCCACCAACCAGAGCCCGAGCCAAAGCGGCAGCUACUACCAGCAGCAACUCUUGAACAUUCAGCAGCAACAAUGGGAACAGCAACAGUACCAUUCCCCUGACGCCAUUCAGCCGGGCCUUGCCAGAAGCCGGAGCCGGGGCCGCAGCGUUCACGCCAACGGUGACCAGCCCUACCGAGUCCUUCACAGCUACAACUCGCCGGCGUACCGCAACGCCCCAAUCUGGGGAUGA